GAUGAUGGAUUUAUUUGAAAAAUAUAAAGAUUGUCCUUGUUGCAAGGGUUUCGUAUUGAAUUGCGAAGGUGCCAUUUGCGAUAAAUUAGGGUUGUGCUAUUGCAUAUAAAAGGACUUAUAAGACCGUCAAAAUUGA